AGAAGCGACCGGGAUUCAUUGAUUAGAGCUGAUUCUUUUCUCCCCCUACUUAUGCCAAAUGUACCGAACAUCGUAAAUUCAUAAUAAACCUCACAGCCAUUCGCGUCUGCUGAUAAUCUUCCAAAACUGCUCUCGGACGACGGCGAGCUGGCACAGGUAGCAGGGUGCCCGUGGACCAUGCGAGACAGCGGGACAAGCUUGGCUCCAAACCGCUGGCAAGGAGAACUCUCCUUGACUGUGAGCCACGAUGGCAGUGGUGGAGGAAUGGCAGGAGGUCACCUUUUGGGCCCAGAUUCCCCUCCUGAUGCCCAGAGCGCCAUGGACUUCAAACUUGGCAACAAGGAAAGUGUGUGGACUGGAGAGUAUGUAGAAGGGGAUGAAAUGGAUGAAGGAGAUGGUUGUGAUGAAGAAGAGGAGGAAUUAGAAGGGGAGCAGUUGGAUGAAGGUGAGGAAAUCAGUUCCGAAUGUGCUCCACUAGAAGAAGAGGAGGAGGAUGAGGAGGAGGAGGAGGAGGGAUUAGAGGACUGGCAUUACCCACCUGAAUUAUUUUCACAAGUGGCACAAGUACAGCAUCACCAGAACCUUUUACCUUUAAAUAAGGAGCAAGCCAAACCUAAAGACAUGGACAUUACUGAGAACCCGCUGUUGGUUCGACUCCAGGGCCUGAGACAGCAAAGGCUGAAGCAGUGGAGGAGGCUUCGAGCGUGCUCUCGGCUUACCCAGAACUGGAAGACAUGGCGACAACGGGCACAGUGGGUUGGAACAUUUGUGUACAGACGGGCAAGGCGGUAUAAACUUUAUGCAUGUAGGCAGAAGCGGUAUCGUGACCUUAACAACUCAAGGUUAGCAGUGCAGACUGCAAGCCAGAGUAAGACAGAUGCUCAUUUUGGAGACUUAAACGGUUAUGGCAACUCUCAACCUAGUUCAACAGGCAGUGUUGGAAAAAAUGAAGGGCAUGUGUUCCCCUCAGUUUCCAUGCAGAAAAUGGAAAUGGCUCUUACAAAAGAGCAUGUUUCCUGUGUCCAGGGUAUUUUGGAUGAGUCUCUUCAUAAAUAUGGUAGCCUGAUCCCCAUACACACUGAUGACAUAGUGGAGCAACUGCAGGAGAUCUUUAAUGAGAACUUCAGUCACCCCCAAAGGAAAGCAGAGGUGCAUCAGAUAAUCCAGUCCUUUCAGAGGUCCCCGGGUAUGAGCAUGGUGCGUGGGUUCAGUGUUAAUUACAAGCGACACGUUCUGACCAUGGAUGAUCUCAGCACCCUGUAUGGACAGAACUGGCUUAAUGACCAGGUCAUGAAUAUGUACGGAGAUCUUGUAAUGGAUUCAGUGCCUGACAAGGUUCAUUUUUUCAACAGUUUCUUUUAUGACAAGCUACGAACUAAAGGUUAUGAAGGAGUUAAACGGUGGACCAAAAAUGUCGACAUCUUCGGUAAAGAUCUUCUCUUGAUUCCUAUUCAUCUGGAAGUGCAUUGGUCACUUGUGUCAGUGGACAUCAAACAACGUAGCAUUACGUACUUUGACUCUCAGCGAACCGUAAACCGUCGAUGUCCCAAGCAUAUUUUCAAAUAUCUUCAGGCAGAAGCCAUUAUAAAACAACAACGAGAAUUUCGCACCGGGUGGAGAGGCUUUUUUAAAAUGAACGUAGGGCGACAGAAUAAUGACAGUGACUGUGGGGCAUUUGUCCUCCAGUACUGUAAGUGUCUGGCGCUGGGACAGCCGUUCAGCUUUAGUCAGCAGGACAUGCCGAAACUGAGAAGACUCAUGUACAAAGAGCUUUGUCACUGCAAGCUCUCACUGUGAUUACUGGUACAGAGCUCUGCAGCAAGAGAAAGAGUAACACAAAAAUCUGAAAAAUCUGAUGGAUUAUACAUGCAUCAUCAAACACAGUUUUUUGUAUCAGUGUUAUUUUCUUGUGUUUGUCAGAGGCUGGCCUUUUUGUAUUGGCUAUCUUUUUAAAAAGUGGCAUCUUAAUGGGAGCCUUUUUGGACUCUUAAAAGGCUUCUUCAGUGCAGUAGACGUUGUGUUCUUGGAUUUUUUUUCACCAACUGUAACGGUGUUAUGAGACUUUUUAUUAUGUGUUGGGAAAAGUGUCAUGCUACUCAUGUUUGCAAAUAUAAUCAUGUUUCAG